ACUACCAGAAUUCCUUUCGCCUACUUUUAUCGGUUACACACAAUCAUGGCGUCGCACGGGGGAGAUGCUGGUGCCGCUUCCGUGGAGCAGGGAGAGAGAAAAAACCCCGCGGUGUCGUUCGGUUUUACGAAGACGGUUAGCAAAUUUAAACCGUCGACUGGCGACGCGUUGACGAGUAAAGAGGACAGAGAUUAUUUGACUGGAAUUGACAGAAAUGAAUUACAAAGUACAAAACCCUCAGAGAAGCCCAAAGAGCUCAUCAUCCCUCUGAUCCAGAAGAACCGCUGGCACAAAGUAGACCGACCGCCCCAGAGCGAGGGGAGUGAAGGCAAAACAGCAGAAACAACCCAAGACAAUGACUCCGUGGAUUCUCAGGCUGUCAAAGAACUCAUCGAAGACUCCAGGAGGCAGCUGGAGGAGUGGCAGAAUGGCCCUCAGUCAGAGAGAAACCUGAACCUCAGCAUCCCCCUGUUGAUGCAAAACAAAGUCCCUGAUGGCUUUGAGGAUGGAGAUCAAGUGAAAGUGGAUCUACGGCCUGAAUCUUCGACAGAGGCAGAUUAUGACAGAGUUCCUGUUGAGGCUUAUGGACUUGCUAUGCUUAAGGGGAUGGGCUGGUCGAAAACAGAAGGUAUUGGACGCACAUUUAAACAAGACGUGAAGCCGAUCGAACACCAGCUCCGUCCAAAAGGUUUGGGCCUGGGAGCUGAUCGUUCAGCAAUUAAGGACCUGGAGCCAGGCAAACGUCAGCGUCCCCCCAAACCAGGAGAGGAGCGAGCGAAGGAGGAGGAACUAGUGAUGGGUCCAGGAGGCUGUGUGCUGGUAGAGUCCGGGGCACAUAAAGAAAUGUAUGGCAAGAUUGAGGGCGUUGAUCCAGAUAAUGCUCGAGUUAUGGUAAAGCUGGCUAUUGGCGGCAAGACUGUGACAGUCAGCCAGUAUGCUGUCAAACUAAUUGGGCGCCAGGAAUAUGACAAAUACAGCAAAGACCUCAGUCGCCUCAGCAAAGCCCACAAAGACAAGGAGAAAGAGAAGGAAAAGCAGCGAGAGAAGGAAAAACAGGGUCGGGAGGAGCGAGAGAGGAAAAGUAAUGGCGUCGAGGGAAAACACAGGAAAACGAGGGAAAAGUCUUCAGAAAGAGACGGAGGAAAAGAUGAUAGGAAGAGGAAACACAGAGAAUCAAGUCAAGACAGAGAGAAGCCUCCAGUGAAAGAGGCGAGGCGACCCCCGGCUCCCCCCUCAUGGCUCCAGAGAGACUUGAAAGUUCGCUUUAUAGACAAAGCCUUCAAAGGGGGCCGAUACUACAACUCGAAGAUGCAUGUGGAGGAUGUCCUGACACCAUCUACCUGUGUGUGUCGAACUGAAGAGGGAAGACUGUUAGACGAUGUGAAUCAGAACAUGUUGGAGACCAUUGUUCCAAAAGGCGAAUAUGAUGCUGUAAUGGUUGUACUGGGCGAGCACAGAGGACAGGUUGGCCGUAUUCUCCAGCGGGACAAGAACAAGUGCAGAGCGAUGGUUCAGCUCGACAGAUACGAAGAGAAAUUGUUUACACUGGACUAUGACAGUAUUUGUCACUAUGUUGGAGCAGCAGACCACUGAUCCACAUCCGUUUGACUUGCAUUCAGAUAUCCUUUGUCUGUUUUCAUCCCAUCUGAACAGCUGUUUUUGUUUUUUUUUGUAAUAUUCAAUAAUGGAUCACACAAGAUUUUAACACAAAUGACAUUUUGUAAUAAAACAUUGUCGAGAUUC